AUGAAUAACGAUAAGAUCAAAAAGAUGAGAAUACCCAAGGAGGUUCACCAAUUGCAACUUUCGUAUAAAAAUCAUGGAAUUAAAUGCACAAUUGUAAGUGAAAACAACCUAGAAGCUGUUGUGCCCGGCCCGAAAGGUUCACCUUAUGAGGAGGGAAUUUUCAAAAUAUCUAUAUCGUUUGGGGAGCAGUAUCCAUUUCGACCACCAUCCUUUAAAUUCAUUACACCGGUGUAUCACCCAAACAUUGAUAGCUCUGGCAAAAUAUGCCUGGACCUUUUGCGAAUGCCUCCAACCGGGUCAUAUAACCCUGCAAUUACACUCGAAUCUAUUUUGUUAUCAAUUCAACUAUUGCUGGCGAAUCCUAAUCCUGAUGAUCCACUACAAGGCGAUGCUGCGGAUUUGUACAAAAGUAACAUAGAUCAAUUUAAUGCCAAAGCAAGGCAAUUUGUUGACAAAAACUGUAGAGAUUUAGAUGCAGUUGGCCGUGUCGACACCUUGCCAUCUGAAGAAUAUAAAGAAUUGAGCAAGAAACGCUUAAAACUAAGUUGUGUAAAGUCAGAUAAAUAA